GAAACUAUCUGAGAACUUUAUGUGUUAAGGUUAAUCGUUUCCGCUUCCUGUGGCGUGUUCAUACUGUUUUGAAACCGUCAACAAAGUCGAUUUGGUCGAGCUUACUCUGUUUCCUUGAAUGUUGGUGUAAACGAAUCCAUGCUGUAAUAUCAACGCAUUCAAAGGCAAGGAGCAUCUUCCUGUGCUUCAUUGCAAGACUCAAAAUGGAGCGCAAUGACAGCUCAACUGCCAUGUCACUUUUACAAGCAGGCUAUGGAGAAGACUCGGAUGAGGAAACAUCCUUUACAGAAAUAAAUUCAGUGGAUAACUCAUCAGAUGCUAAACCUCCACAGAACAGAGUUCGGCGAAACAGUGCCUACAAAGAUAAUAAUGAUUUGAUGCGAUUGAUUUCACAGGAUAGCUACACAGAUCAACCUGCUGACUUCAUAUCUGAUGAAGAAGAACACCACCAUGACAGUUAUCAAGAGGAGACAGAAGAUAAGAAAGAAGUUCUAAGCACAAUAGAAUCACAAGCUUCUCAAGAUGCUGUGGCACGACUUGCUGCAGAUCCUAUGGCUGUGUCUUCACAGGAUGAAAAUUCUGGUUCUAGUUUUGCUGAAGGUGCUUCUGGGAGAAGGAAGAAAAGUUCCAAACCAUCCACAAAAAUCCUGGUAUCAUACGUAGCAGAUGACCAGGAUGAAGAUGAGGAAGCCAGUGAAAGCAAUGAACAAAGCAGUGAUGAGGAGAAACAAAUGGACCAGUCACCAGCUUCUAACAGUCCACAAGAGAUAGCUGUUUCAUCACCUGGUCCUAGAGGUCUGGCAGGGAUAGACAGCAACAACAUCCAGCUGCCACCUGAGCCAGCAGGCAAAUGUUCCAGAGAGCUACAGGAAAAGAUAAAUGAAUACUACAGGAGGACAAAGCAAGGCGAUGUAGACCCCAAUAAACAGAUUCAGAGACUAACAAGUUUUCGGAAUCCAAGCAUUUAUGAAAAACUAAUCCAACAGUUUAAAAUUGAUGAGAAAGGAUCCAACUUCCCACUGGAUUUGUACAAUCCUCAUAUGUGGGGAAAGGAGUCCUUUUAUGAUGAACUGGACAAGGCUCAGAAGAAGGACAUGGAGAGGAGAGAAAAAGAAAGAAAGGAGAAGACAAAGAUUGAGUUCAUAUCAGGCACAAAGAAAACUGCUGCACCAGCACCAGAACUUUCUGGAGCACCAGAUGAGAAAAAACGAAAGAGUAAGUGGGAUGCGCAGCCAACAUCAGCACAGCAGCAGCAACAGCAGCGGCCCGGUAGCAUGGGACCAGUGGGGUCUGCUGGUGUUGUAAAUCUGACAGCAACGGCGACUGGAACCAAAGCAACCGUCAUUUCUGCAGUUGGCACCCUGCUCAAGAAGCCGUCCAUAGGUGGCAUUGGAAAUAAUCUUGUGACUAAAUGAUGGGUGCAGUGGAUAGUCGAGUGCUUUGAUAAUUCUUGAUUGAUCUGAUGUUACUUGGUUCAGCUGUAUCCCUGUGAAAUGACACUUCACAGCGAACCAGGAAAAAAGUGGUAGGUAACACUGUUGUUGAAACGUUUUACUAAGGAAGGGACUGCAGAUUUUGUGCAGAUGUGUGAAUGCGAUUUAUCUGGGGGAAUAAGUCAUGACUGACAUCAAGCUGAACCUGUGUUGUAUAUGACCAUUGUGUGCAAAAAGUGUAUGUGAAACCUUUUUUUGGUUUCAGAUAAACUGACCAACUCGGACGUGUUAUUGCUUUCACAUGUAUAAAAUGGUUUCAGUGAUAGUUUUCUCAUUAUAUUGGCCUGGAUCCUUUAUCAACAGUCUUGACAGUUUAUGAAUUGCGUCACUAGUUUCGUAGAAAAUGUGUAUGGCAUAAGAAGUGACUAAUCGCUGUCUUUGUAAUAUAUCAUAAAGGUACAUUUUAAUCACAAGUCCCAAGGAGACAAUACAUUUGAAUGCUAACAGUGUUUUUGUAGCGCUUAUUAUUUAUUUUUAUUUGUUGACCAAUCUGUGCUAAAUAUCCUUUGCAGAAAAAGAUGAGAGUUAAAAACAUGGAAUAGUGUCGUAUAAAGAAAUUUUCAAAUCAGGUUAUGCUGACAGUAAAGAGACUAACAACGCUCACUUAGUGUUUGUCCAAUCUCUUCACAUGGUCGCCACACACAUGCCAAUUGUCGUCCACAGUUUACUUUGCAAACGACAUACUUUGUAAACCUCUCAUCUCGUCUCUUUAACGCUUAUUUAAUCAGUGUUCUGUCUCCGGAGAUGAAAAUCUAAUCAGUGAAUACAGGGGACUACAAUUGUGAACAGGAUCCCGGCUCUUCAAAAAAUGUUGACAUACAAGAGGUAAGGGUUCAAUCCGGUAUCAAUUCUGAAGGAGAGACUUUUCUGAUUGCAAACAUGUGUCAUGAAAAUAAACAGCCAUUUAUCUGUUCUCGACGAAAGAGA